AUGACAGAAGUGCCCGAAACCAAUCCCCCACCGCCGGACCCUCCAAUCCCCUCCGCAUCGGACGCCGCGGAGGAAACGGCUCCGCCGGCUACAACAACUGCAUCGCAGCCGAGCACCGACAUCGUCGCCCCUCCGGCGUUAGCUCCGAAGUGGCAACGCCGUCCGAGUGUCCGUCUUGGAGAGAUUGGAGACCAACGC